UCGAUUCUGAGGAUAAUGUAGGGGGUACUCGCCGCCAGCAGCUCUCGGUGAACAGUGUGUUCCACAGACUGCGGAAAGACCGAACAAGGGUUCACUCGCAAUUCACAAGUAUUUGAGGUGGCGAAAAGAGGAGUUAGGACAUGGACAGCCGCCUGCAGGAGAUCCGGGAGCGGCAGAAGUUACGGCGACAGCUUCUCGCGCAGCAGUUGGGAGCUGAAAGUGCUGACAGCAUUGGCGCUGUGUUAAAUAGCAAAGAUGAGCAGAGAGAAAUUGCUGAAACAAGAGAAACUUGCAGGGCUUCUUAUGAUACUUCUGCUCCAAAUGCAAAACGUAAGUAUUUGGAUGAAGGAGAGACAGAUGAAGACAAAAUGGAAGAAUAUAAGGAUGAAGUAGAAAUGCAACCAGAAGAUGAAAACUUGCCAUAUGAAGAAGAGAUUUACAAAGAUUCAAGUACUUUUCUUAAGGGAACACAGAGUUUGAAUCCCCAUAAUGAUUACUGCCAACAUUUUGUAGACACUGGACAUAGGCCUCAGAAUUUCAUCAGGGAUGUAGGUUUAGCUGACAGAUUUGAAGAAUACCCUAAACUAAGGGAGCUCAUCAGGCUAAAGGAUGAGUUAAUAUCUAAAUCUAACACUCCUCCUAUGUAUUUACAAGCAGAUAUAGAAGCCUUUGACAUCAGAGAACUAACACCCAAAUUUGAUGUUAUUCUUCUGGAACCCCCUUUGGAAGAAUAUUACAGAGAGACUGGCAUCACUGCUAAUGAAAAAUGCUGGACUUGGGAUGAUAUUAUGAAGUUAGAAAUUGAUGAGAUUGCAGCACCUAGAUCGUUUAUUUUUCUCUGGUGUGGUUCUGGGGAGGGAUUGGACCUUGGAAGAGUGUGUUUACGAAAGUGGGGUUACAGGAGAUGUGAAGAUAUUUGUUGGAUUAAAACCAAUAAAAACAAUCCCGGGAAGACUAAAACUUUAGAUCCAAAGGCUGUCUUUCAGAGAACAAAGGAACACUGCCUCAUGGGGAUCAAAGGAACUGUGAAGCGUAGCACAGAUGGGGACUUCAUUCAUGCUAAUGUUGACAUUGACCUAAUUAUCACUGAAGAACCUGAAAUUGGCAAUAUAGAAAAACCUGUAGAAAUUUUUCAUAUAAUUGAGCAUUUUUGUCUUGGGAGAAGACGCCUUCAUCUAUUUGGAAGAGAUAGUACAAUUAGACCAGGCUGGCUCACAGUUGGACCAACGCUUACAAAUAGCAACUACAAUGCAGAAACGUAUGCAUCCUAUUUCAGUGCCCCCAAUUCCUACUUGACUGGAUGUACAGAAGAAAUUGAGAGACUUCGACCCAAAUCACCUCCUCCCAAAUCUAAAUCUGAUCGGGGUGGGGGAGCACCCAGAGGCGGAGGUAGAGGUGGCACUUCUGCUGGCCGUGGACGAGAAAGAAAUCGAUCUAACUUCCGAGGAGAGAGAGGUGGCUUUAGAGGGGGCCGUGGAGGCGCACACAGAGGUGGCUUUCCACCUCGAUAAUUUUUGAUGACAUUGAUCAUAUUAAUGCCCCUCUAACUAUCUUUAUUAUUUGCAUUUCAAGUGGGAAACUUACUUUAGAACUUAAUUCAAGCUUGCAUCUUUACUUUGGUUUCUCUGAGCUGAAGGAAUCUUAGUCAACCUCCUUUGCAGUUGAUACACACACUGUUUGGUUUUAUUCAGGAUAAAUGAGCAAUUCUGCCUCUUGUCAUCUGCAUGAACAGAAUGGAGCAACACAAGUAGACUUCAGAGACUGAAUCUGUUCUUAUAAAUUCCAACUACUUACAAAAGUUUUGCUUCUUAGAAAUAGUUGAAGAGUUGAAAAAGUUCCAAUCUUUGGUUCAUGGUGCCCACAGGAGUGGGUAAUGUGCAUCCUCCUAUUGCUGUCGUAGCAAACGGGAGCUAUCUGGGAGCCUUGACAGAAUGGAGUUGGGGCAGAUGGUAAGCUUUUGUCAGAGUUUUAACGUUUUCUUGAUGAAAGAAUAAAAAGGGGUAGGCUUCUUUUUUUAAUCUUAAAUAAACUUAGAUACGAUUGAGUAUUGAAGAAGUUGAGAGACUUUGAACAAAAUCACCUUCUCCCAAAUCUAAUCUGAUAGGGGAGAUAGACAUCCCAGGAGUGAAGUAGAACUUGGUAGGCAGACAAAAAAAAAAUAACAAAAAAGCUCAUUGUCAUAAUCUCAAUUAUGUAGUGAAAUAUGACUCUUAGUCGUGCUUCCUAAGACCCAAACGAGGACAAGAGCUAGAACUCUGGUGUAGACUUGAAGUAGUUUCAUAUUCCUUAGCAAAAUAAAGUAACAGAAGUAAUGACAGAGAUACCUGGUCGUCAGAUGCUUGGUUUGAACAUUUUGUGGAAUAAAGUAUGUGGGACGAGGAAAUGACAUACAUCUUCAAACUUGUUAUGGAGAAAAUUUAAUGUAAAAUCAAUUACAGAAGACUCUUCAGAAUAUAGCUCAGAAAAUGAACUGCAGUUGCCUUUUAUUAAUAAAGCUUUGUGUUGUUUCUAAGGGGCUGGUGUAAGACUUCAUGCUGUCAUUUCUUUUUCUAUACUGUAAUUCAUGUUUUAAACGAAUUAAAUGAUGAAUGAAAUUAUGCC